AUUUAAGCUCGUGAAGGAUGUUCAGCGCCAUGAAAGAGAAACAAAACUAGAAAACUUGUUCCCAGUUUCUGGUCGGAGGAAGUGUCUGCGCUGAGGUUUCAAAGGGAGAUAUUUUACUGACCAAAUUUAUUACAAACUAACAGAGGAGUCAGUUUUAUUUAGGUGUUCGUUCAUUAAAAGAAGAGAACAUGAAGUGUAUUCCUCUCGUCCUGCUUCUCUUUGGUUUGAGCUCAACGCUGGCACAGAAUAUUGCAGAUGCUCCAAAUAUAACAACACAGGCUACACAAUCUUCAACUACGACAACACAGACUACAUCACAAACUACUACAAGUAAAGCACCGACUACAACACCACGUCCAAGUUGUGAGAGCAAGAAUGGUACAAACUGUGAUGAGUGCUUGGCAUAUGUGGAUUGUCUGUGGUGCAUUCCAACUAAAACAUGUAUAACAUACCCAGCCAAAACCAUCCUGCCCCCCCAUUCCCUCUGCCCACUGAGUGAUGCUCGAUGGGGCCUUUGCACAAUAAACUUCCAGAUUUUGAUCAUUACACUGUCAGUGGCUGGAGCGCUCCUCAUCAUUGGUGUUUUGCUGUGUAUAUUCUGCUGCUGCAAGUGUGAGAACAUUGGAUCUGCUCGAUUUGAAAACAGGAUGAACCGGAAAACAGACAAGACAAAAACAAAACAAGAGCAGAGAAAAGCUGAGUUGAAGAUUAGACAUGAUGAGAUCCGACAAAAAUAUGGUCUCAGCAGGGCAAGUCCUUAUGCCAGAUUUGACAGUCCCAGCUAAAAUGAUGCGUGCACUGUUUUAAAGAUGAAUACUUUGACUAUCUGCUGCCUAUUUGAAAAUUGAUUGAUGAAAUAAUAAGAUUCCAUUACACUCAAAAUUAUGAGUUUCCGAUCAAUAAUAAUAAUAUGAAAGUAUUUUUUUAUUAUUUUAAUCAAAAAUAGGUUUCACUGAAACAACAAUAAUAAUAAUAAUAAUAAUAAUAAUAAUAAUUGGCUCUCAUCUGAAGCCAGUUGUGAGCUAGGUUUGGAACAGAUUGAAGGAUUACUUAUUAGUCCAUGACUGUUUUUCAUAGCCUAAUAGACCUUUUUAAGAUAAUUGGUAAAUACCUGCUGAUGUAAUAUACUCAUUUAUUGAAUAAAAAAAUAAUUAAAAUUU